GAACCAUACGAAUAUGCUGCUGGAUUUGUCAGCUAUUUUGGGCGUGGCAAGGCCGAAUACUUGCUGUAUAAAUUGAACCAAAUUCGUGACUUCUACAUCAUUGUCCAGUUCGCCACAACAGUGUCAAAAUGAACGCAUUCGCCAUCCUUUUCGCUUUUGGAGCUUUUGCCACCGCCAACGCAGGACUUCUCCCUGUAGUAGCCUCCAGGUCGGUAGUAUCUCCACUAGCAGCCGGAGCCAUAGUGGUACCAAGAGGCUCUGGAUUCGAGGGCCAGUACAUCCCAGACAAUCUGGAAAAACUCUACGAUGACGGUUCCUACAGACCCGAAUUGAGAGCCCAACCCCUGUCUGCCUCCCCCUACGGUUUGGUCCCAUCUGGAAGCGGUCUUGAAGGUGCCUACGUCCACGACAACACCGAAAAACUCUUCGACGACGGUUCUUACAAGCCCCAGCUCAGAGCUGUACCAUUGGCCCCAUCUCCAUACGGUCUUGUACCAGCUGGAUCCGGUUUGGAAGGCCAAUACGUUCAGGACAUCAACGAAAAACUUUACGAUGACGGUUCAUACAAACCCGAUUUGGAAGCUGUCCUUGCUGUUAAACACUUGAUUGUAUAGACUGUGACUGUUAUUAUAGGUUUUUGUAAUUAAAUGUAAAAUAUUUUCAAUUCA